CAUAACUCUGCACAUUCUUCUUUUCCAGAUAGUAAUCCAAUUCUCACUUAAAUUCCAUUUAAAGAUUCACUGAGGAUGACUGAAGACAUUAAAAAGGAACCACUUCCCACCAACAUUAAGGAGGAAGAAAAUUUUGCCGUAGAUAAUCAAGAAAAAGCUGUAGAAGAGGAGGAAGAGUUAUCGCAUGCAGAAAUCCUGGACCUAUUUCAGGAAGGUCUAGCCAUGAUCGUCCAGGAUCCAUUGCUGUGUGAUCUUCCAGUUCAGGUUACUUUGGAAGAGAUAAAUUCUCAGAUCGCUCUGGAAUAUGGUCAAGCAAUGACUGUCAAAGUAAAGAAAGGAGAUAGUGAAAUAAUGCCUGUUGUUGUGAUUCAAAAUGACACAGUCCUGGAUCUGAAAAAAGCCAUCCAGAGAUAUGUACAACUGAAACAAGAGCGUGAAGGAGGAACACAGUAUAUAAGUUGGAAAUAUAUUUGGAGAACCUACCACCUGACGUUUAAUGGAGAGAAACUGACAGAUGACAAGAUGAAACUGAAAGAUUACGGUAUAAGGAAUCGAGAUGAAGUUACCUUCAUAAAAAAACUUCGAAAAAAAUAAAGAUUUGUGUAACUCUUAACAAGUGUCCAAAAGACGAAUUUAUCUUGUAGAGAGAUGUCAGUUCCUGCCUCUCUGCUCCUGACAAAACUCUUUAUCACACCAGAGGACAGAAGAAAAGAAACACAGGAGCUGUAUUGUUCAUUCGAACUUUAGUGAUAAAGGAACAAGUCAAUUUCUGAAUUGUUACUAUUUGUAAUUACGUGUUCAGUAUUAUGUUGGUUGUAUAAAGUGUUUAUUGAAUGACUAAUUGGAUUUAGAGAUUAACUUUGUAACUUUUGCAAUCCCGUUGAUUAUAUCAAAAUCCAUAUGUUGUAAGUCUAAGUGCAAGAAUGUCAUGCAUCAGACUAGCAUUGUACAAAUGAAAAUUAUGAUAGAAUGUAUCCAAGUAUUGUAAGAGCAUUAUAAAAGUAUUUUUUAAAUGCUA